CGCGACAUCGCGGGCGGCGGCUCAGUGGAAGAAGAAGGCGGCGGAGGAGUGUGGGAAUAAUUUUAUUUUUUAUUUUUUUCCCCUUUCCACGCGAAUUUUUUGUAGCCAUGAAUCCCAACUGUGCGCGCUGCGGGAAGAUCGUGUAUCCCACGGAGAAGGUGAACUGCUUGGAUAAGUUCUGGCACAAAUCGUGUUUCCACUGCGAGACGUGCAAGAUGACCCUGAACAUGAAGAACUACAAGGGCUACGAGAAGAAGCCGUACUGCAACGCACACUACCCCAAGCAAUCCUUCACCAUGGUGGCAGACACGCCCGAGAACCUGCGCCUAAAGCAGCAGAGCGAGCUCCAGAGCCAGAUCCGCUACAAGGAGGAGUUUGAGAAGAACAAGGGGAAAGGUUUCAGCGUGGUGGCCGACACCCCCGAGCUGCAGAGGAUCAGGAAGACUCAGGAUCAGAUCAGCAACAUCAAGUACCACGAGGAGUUCGAGCGGAGCCGGAUGGGCCCCAGCCCCAGCGAGGGCUCGGAGCCGGAGCGCCGCAAUUCCCAGGAGAGCAGCGGCUACCGGCGAGCGGAGCAGCAGCAGCCCGGGCACCACGGCCAGACCGCGGGCACCGUUUACCAGCAGCAGCAGCAGCAGCAGCAGCCGCCUCCAUCCCAAUCCUACGGCUACAAGGAGCCGGCGGCUCCGGCCUCAUCCCAGCGCAACGCCCCGGCCGGAGGGGGGAAGCGUUUCCGCGCCGUCUACGAUUACAACGCGGCGGACGAGGACGAGGUGUCGUUCCAGGACGGGGACACCAUCAUCAACGUGCAGCAGAUCGAUGACGGCUGGAUGUACGGCACGGUGGAGCGCACGGGCGACACGGGAAUGCUCCCGGCCAACUACGUGGAGGCCAUCUGA